GAUGACUAUGUCUUUGAGUCUGACGGCGUAGCCACUGACCUGUGAAGUGUGAGUGUCUGGUAGGUACUAUCUACUUCGACACAGGGUGCACGCUGGUUGUCCGGACAGUUAUGUCAAGCAUCCCGUCUAUCCGUCACCAGUAGCACAGACCGUCGGACUUGGUCAGUCGCCACACAUUACUACCAGCACAGGCCGUUUUCUGCAUUGUGGUACUCCUUCACCAACAGCAGCUAAUUGUGCGAGGAAGAAGGCUUUUGGCGAGGCUGAUUGCAGCACAGUCUUGUAGUGGCUGAUCUCAAGGAAAUUCAGCGGAAGCUUGGAGACAGGGCUGUGCCCUUCCUGCAGAAAUGGAGAAGACCUUGCUGCUGCUCGUGUUGUUGGUAAACGGCUGGACCGCACAAGCCCAGAGUGUGCCACCUCUUGGCAGCGGAACGCAGCCGCCGGAGGAUAAGGAUCUUAUUGCGACUCCGGCCAUGCCUGGAGACCCUGGCCCACCAGGCCCAGCAGGACCAGAUGGAAUGACCGGUAUGGAUGGCCCUAAGGGUCCUGGCGGACCACAAGGACCACCAGGCCCACCUGGCACACCCGGCACUCCUGGAGGUCCAGGACCUGAUGGCCCAGCCGGUCCAGUAGGUUCCGCAGGAGUAACUGGACCAGAUGGAGAGCCAGGUCCUGACGGAAGAACAUGCACAGGCGCCGAGUGUGGAGCAAGCGUUGUUGGCACUCCAGGACCUACUGGUCCACGUGGUCUGAACGGUGAACCCGGCGCUGACGGUCCCGAUGGCCCUGCUGGAGAACCAGGUCAGCCAGGUGGAGCUGGUCGCCCAGGACCUUCUGGAGAGCCAGGUGAUGACGGUCAGGGUGGUGCUCGUGGUGUUCCUGGCAAGGCCGGUGCUGACGGUCUGCCUGGUCUUCCCGGACUUUCCGGAGCACAAGGCGCAAGAGGAUCACAGGGACCCGACGGACCACAAGGACUUCCAGGCAAAGACGGUACCCGCGGACAAAAGGGAGACCGAGGCACGCAUGGUGCUCCCGGCCGAAACGGACUCGACGGCGGCAAAGGUAACCUCGGAGAGCCUGGUCGCCCUGGCCCUGCUGGCCGAUCCGGACUGAGAGGACCAUCUGGACAACAAGGCCCCGCUGGUAAUCCAGGUGUUGCUGGAGAACCCGGUGAGUCUGGACGCGCUGGUGCUACUGGUAUUCCUGGUGUCCCCGGACAGCCAGGACAGCAGGGCGAUACUGGUCUUCAGGGCCCAGUGGGAAUCCCCGGUGACAAAGGACCUUCUGGACUUGCUGGAGCUAACGGACUUGACGGCCGCAAUGGAGUUGACGGUGAAAAGGGUAACAAGGGAGGAAGGGGACCCUCAGCUGAAGAAGGAAGCAGCGGUGGACCUGGCUCACCCGGUAAUGCUGGAGAGAAGGGUCAGCCCGGAGCACCUGGUGUUCCUGGAGUCGAGGGUGAACGAGGCCGUGACGGAGACCGUGGUGCACUUGGUGACCGUGGAUCGAGAGGACGCGACGGACAGAAAGGCGAGCCUGGCACACGUGGAUCACAGGGCCCAUCCGGACCCACAGGACCACGCGGCGUUCAAGGCAAUGAUGGACCCCGAGGUGCCCGUGGUUCUGAUGGAGCCCGAGGCUCGACUGGCGUUGCUGGACCCCCUGGACCUGUUGGAAAGCGAGGAGCUGUUGGUGGCGUAGGAUCAGGUGGAGCUCCUGGCUCAGUUGGUGCUCGCGGCAAGUCUGGCUCAAAGGGAGGCAAGGGAGAACCAGGCCAGUCAGGUUUGCAAGGAUCUAAUGGAGCUGACGGACUGCAGGGUGCCGCUGGACGUGAUGGAAGCAACGGUGGUGCUGGAAGUCCCGGCCAGCCUGGUACUGACGGUGUGAAGGGUGCAGAUGGAAGCCAAGGACCAGACGGACCUCCAGGCCAGACUGGACCACCAGGCAACCCAGGAUCACCUGGCCCACAGGGUGACGCCGGUACUGACGGACGAAAUGGUGUUGACGGCCAAGAUGGCGCUGAGGGUGAUGCUGGUGAUGCUGGUCCUCAAGGAACUGUCGGAAGACCUGGAAUGCCAGGCGUCCUCGGAGAUAAGGGUGACGAUGGCAACUCCGGACCAUCCGGUCCCGCCGGAAGUCCUGCUCCUCAAGGCCCACCCGGUGAUGUCGGCGAGAAGGGAGAACCCGGUGACACUGGUGCAGAUGGUGCUGUAGGACCUCGUGGAGAUCGUGGACAAGCUGGUUUGGACGGAACUCCAGGCGCAAAGGGCGCAAAGGGUGACGGUGGCCCUGCUGGACCAGAUGGCUCGACCGGCGACCCAGGAAUUCUCGGACUUCCCGGAAACAGAGGACAAAAGGGUGUACAAGGUCCACCAGGAGCUGAGGGUCCAGCUGGCGGAGAUGGCCCACCAGGACCCGACGGAGAGCCAGGCGCAGACGGAAACCCCGGCCCAUCAGGAGUGGAUGGAUCACAAGGAGCAGCAGGACCAGAGGGACCAGCCGGUGGCAACGGACCAACUGGAGAUCAGGGACAGCCUGGACCAGCGGGUGUCAAAGGUAUCAAGGGCGAGACAGGACCACUAGGGGCCCCAGGUCCACAAGGAUUCUCCGGUACUGACGGUGCUCCAGGAGCCAAAGGACCCCGUGGAGAUCCGGGUCCAGCCGGAAACGAUGGUGCUGAUGGCCUUCAAGGACUCCAAGGCUUCCAAGGAGAGAGAGGUGAUGCUGGUGAACAAGGAGACAAGGGACGUAUUGGAACAGGAGGCAGCAGUGGCCCGCCCGGUCAAAUUGGAGAUCCCGGUACCAAGGGUAGAUCUGGACAAGCAGGUGCCAGUGGUGUAUCUGGAGGUGUUGGACCCAGCGGUCAACGCGGUCAAGGCGGCAAGGACGGCCGAGCUGGCCCAGACGGUGACGUUGGUGAUGCUGGUGAUCAAGGACCUGACGGACCAGGCGGUGAUGCAGGUGCAAGAGGCUCAAAGGGAGAGCGCGGAGAGAACGGAAUGGACGGACUGCCAGGAAAGAACGGUGCAAACGGACCUCAAGGACCUGCCGGACCACCAGGAUCACAAGGAGCAACAGGCCCACGCGGCCAUCAGGGACCCAAGGGUCCUCAAGGAGACCAAGGCCCCAAGGGACUUCCCGGCCCCAAGGGUGCUAACGGACCAAACGGCGAGGCUGGCGAACGAGGACCUGCUGGACCUAAAGGUCCACCAGGCCAGCGUGGACCACCUGGCAAUGCUGGAUCACAAGGCACACCCGGACCAGACGGCGAGGUUGGACCUGCUGGCGACAAUGGCCCGAUCGGCUCAGCCGGAUCUGCUGGCAACCCCGGAGCACCUGGCUCGCAAGGCCCAUCUGGUCCAGCUGGACGUGACGGACAAUCUGGUUCCGCAGGCGCAAAGGGACCUAAGGGUAGCAAGGGUCUGCCCGGACCCAACGGCGACGCCGGUAGCUCUGGAAUAACUGGACAGCCCGGUGAGCGUGGACCCGCUGGAGGUGUCGGUGCCGCAGGACCUGCUGGUGCCAAGGGACCUGCUGGACCUCAAGGUUUCCGUGGUGCUCGUGGACGUAUCGGUGUUUCUGGCCCACGUGGUUUCCAGGGUGCUAUGGGACCCAAAGGAUCUGACGGACUUCCUGGCAAAGACGGUGAGCCAGGCGCUCCUGGUAACCCCGGAACAAACGGACAAGACGGACAGGAUGGACAACCAGGACAGCCAGGCUCAAAGGGUGCCCGAGGUGGACGUGGCUCAAUGGGCAGCCGUGGUGAACGUGGCGCCAAGGGUGGAGCUGGUGGAAACGGACUUGACGGCGCUGAUGGAGUUCCAGGAUCCCAGGGAGCAUCUGGAGAGCAGGGUCCCGCUGGCCCACGAGGCGUGAAGGGACAGCCGGGUGACCAAGGUCCACCAGGAGUUACAGGUGUUGACGGCGGACAGGGACCAUCCGGAGCCAAAGGAGCUGAUGGAGUAGCUGGUGACCGCGGCCAAAAGGGAGAAGCUGGACUGCCAGGAAAUGAUGGAGCUCAGGGUGAUGCCGGCCCAGCUGGCCCAGACGGACGAGAUGGCAGCAACGGUGAUGUUGGAGAUCCAGGUGAUCCAGGCCCAGCCGGUCCUCAGGGACUCCCAGGCACUGCUGGCGACAUCGGCCCAGACGGCCCGCGCGGCGAUCCAGGUGAUGCUGGUCGCCCGGGCAACCCCGGCGUUGCUGGUCUGACCGGCAGCAUUGGAAACCCCGGACCCCAGGGCCGCACCGGCCAGCCCGGCGCCAACGGAGGUGACGGAGCCAUGGGACCAGUCGGACCUCAAGGAAGCAAGGGACUGCCAGGUGCUGUCGGUGCUGAUGGACCUUCCGGCCCUAAGGGUGCUGAUGGAGACACAGGUGAUGCAGGCGGACAAGGAGUCCAGGGCGCCGACGGUGUUGCUGGAGAAAAUGGUCAAGACGGAGUUGUUGGAGACAGAGGAGAUCGCGGCCCAAGCGGAGCUGACGGCAACCCUGGAGCACGUGGCGUUGUUGGAGAAGUUGGCCCAGCUGGACCUCAAGGACCCCGCGGACCAGCAGGUCCCCCUGGCAGUGGUGGUAGCAAGGGUGGUGUUGGUAACGCCGGCCCACCUGGACCAUCCGGUACACCUGGAACACCUGGAUCACCUGGUAACAUGGGAAAUAUGGGAGCCAUGGGAGACCCCGGUCAAGGUGGCCGCGACGGACCUGAUGGUGAGAAGGGUGGCCCUGGAAGGACUGGCGCACAGGGACUUCGUGGACCAACCGGUAUCAAGGGAGGCACUGGCGAAACUGGCGAGAGCGGUUCCAAUGGCAAUCCCGGUGCUGAUGGCGAAGAUGGCGCUAUGGGUUCCCCUGGACCCCGUGGAUCAACUGGAGCAACUGGCGCAGCCGGCUCGCCUGGUGAGACAGGCAUUGCUGGCGAGGCUGGCCCACUAGGACUUCACGGAGAGAAGGGAGGACCAGGCGAUUCAGGCCAGGCUGGACCGAGCGGUGUCGAAGGACCAGCUGGCCCCGUCGGAGACAAUGGCGAAGUCGGUCUGCCCGGAUCACCAGGACCUGCUGGAUCACCAGGAAACCGUGGACCCCAGGGCCCAACUGGCAAGCCCGGCGCACAGGGACCCCCCGGUGCUGCAGGCUCACGUGGACAAGCCGGACCCCCAGGAAACCCUGGCCAAAAUGGACGUGAUGGAAAGCAAGGCGUAGGCGGUGCAGUUGGUGAUCGUGGUGAUGUCGGCGAGCCAGGAAGAAGCGGAUCCGGAGGUUCCGGUGGUGUUCCCGGUAAUGUCGGUGCACCUGGACUUCCAGGACCCCGCGGUUCCGCAGGAAGCAAGGGUGAGACAGGUCGCCCUGGUAUUCCCGGUGUCCAAGGAGAGACAGGACCCAAGGGCCCACAAGGUCCACGAGGCUACGCAGGUAUGCAAGGACAAGCCGGCAGCGUGGGACCAGCAGGUAUUCCUGGACCGUAUGGACCACGUGGACGUGAUGGUCAACCUGGACAAGGUGGACCAAUGGGACCCCCUGGUGCUGACGGUAUGGACGGAGAACCCGGACCAGCUGGAGCUCCCGGACCACCAGGACCGGCUGCACCAUGGGUCCAUGGCGUCACCAAGGGACGUCAAUCAAGUGACAAGGGCAAUGGCAAGAGCAGCUCUGUUGUCUACUACCGUGGCCAAGUCACUGAGGAGAUGGAGAACCGCCCCGAGUCAUUCGAGAGCUGGGUCAUCUUCUCAUUCGAGUGUAUGCGCCGUCCCAAUGGUAGCCAGGCUUGCCCGGCAAGAUGCUGCAGCGAUCUCAUGAACGAUUAUCCAGAGCUUGAGUCUGGAAAUUACUAUAUUGACCCGAACAUGGGUAACAUUGAGGACGCUGUGCUCGCCUACUGCAACAAGAGCAACGCUAUCACCCAGACUUGCCUGCGCACAGACAUCUCAGAGUGUCCCCAGAGGAACGCCCUGAUGAGCUGUGGAACAAAGAUGCGCAUGACAUGCACAUACUCCAACUGCGCAUCUCCUGACACGCAGAACUUCAAGAUGCGCGGUGCCGACAACACCCUUCUGACCGCCCAGAGCCCAGAAAUCGAAAUGAUCCCCAUGAACAACGAGGUCAACGUCCAGGUGACGGGAGACAUGAGGCUGUUCCCUCUGCAGAACAAGUACGCACAUCACCUGUGUGGCCACAGCAGCAUCGCAACUUGCCACUCAACGUGCUACGGCAACUACUAAGCUGACACGGGUGCUGCAGCCGUCGCAACUUUUUCAAACGAGUGAUCUUAGGGACUUGCCACAGGCGCUGUCUGGGCAACGUCCGCACUCAGCUCCAGCCCAACGGAACUAACGGAAACCACGCCAUAUUGACCUCCCAGUUCCUUUGACAUGCAUUCCUACAACACACAUGCACUCACUCUAACAUCAAUUCCCUCUGCAAGCAAUGUGUCCAGGAUUUAUCACCGGUUGCUUACACAGUACUGCUCGUUGAAUCCUGGCACUAGCCUAGUCACACCCAUAGCUGUUCACCAAUGGCGAUCAGCACCCGACCCACUCUCCCUCUUCCCGCUCAUCCACCCACUCAUCGCAUCCACGCACACACGUCAACCUGGGCCCAGUGCGCAUAGAUUCGUCCACUUCUCGCAUCUACAAACAGUUCACCACCGCCCUUUAGAUUUGCUGUUUAUACAAAACUGCUGCUGCUGUCGCUACCAGUACGAAGCACGCGCAUGCCGCCAGUAACCCACACACCAUCACGAAAGCUAGCCUCUGAACUGGCUAACUGUCUCUCUGAUGACUCCUUUCUGGACUCUAAGGCAAUAAUGGUAUGGUUUGGUAUUUUUUUGGUUUAUCUCGUUCAAUAGCUUCGCACAAGCAACUGUCUUGAAGGCCAGUGAUCAGGCCUGUUCUGACUGUUUAUCACUAAGUUCCUAUCAACAUUGUCAUCAUCUCCUGCUGUUUUUCAUCUCCAUAAUUCCAUUGUGAUUUUCUCGUCCAGAAAUCCCGUGCCUACUGGAUUCGUCUCUUUAACUAUUACUUGUACAGUUCUGCUGAUGAAGAUCAUGCAACUACUAACGCCAUCUUCGGGCAGUAAUACCA